GUUCACUUCCCGCCUCCACAACAAACACGACUUCCAGCGCCACAAGCACUGGCGAUGGAUCCGUUGCAGGCGUUUCUGCGCGAAGGGCGCGCGGGCGAAGACAGCGACCACGAGGAGGAAAACGAGUCUGGCAGCGACUUUGACCUCUCCCCCACACAACCCAACAGCAGCCGUCGCAGCGAAGACAACAACAAUGAAGCAGAUGCUGGCGAUUACGAGGACGACUUCGAAGAGGACAUCCCGGAGGAAGUAUCGCAAGAUUUUUCCGACGAUGGCGACGACGACGAGUUUGAGGAGGCGCAGAGCCGCUCAGACCUCUCCUUCGGCAGCGACGACAACAACGGUGAUACCGCUGCCGCUGUCUUUGGCGCCACCCGUGUGGGCGAUGAUGAUGCAGACCGCUCCGACCUGAUGCUCUCCGGUGACGAGGGAGGCGACAACGAUUUCGAUUUUGACGCACGGGAUGCUGCUGACGCCGAAAGCGAUAACGACGAGCGCUUCUAUGACGCUGGCGAUGUCACGCGCGGCUACGAGGACACGGCAAUGAUGGAGCACGAUACCACCGCCCGCGCCAGCGCGCAUGACGAAUGGGGCGCUGAUGUUGGCCGGGGCGUCAAUGUCACCCGCAUGCACCCGGACGAGACGCGGCUGGAGUAUCCCCACGCGGACCAGGCCCUGCCGUCCAUUGAGGUGACGCAGGCGGAACACGAAGACCUGGCCAGUGCAAAGAGCCCAGCCAGGAGCCCAGGCACAGCUGUGGCUGCAAGCAGUGCACAGAAGCGCGCAACCACGUCCGACUUUCCUCGCACAGGCAAGAAUGCCCGAGCAACGAAGGCAACAAAACCUGCUGCAGCUGCUGCUCGCAGUGGCGCUGGCAGAGGAAAGAACGCGUCAACAGCGGCAUCGGCAACGUCAGCGACUGGAGCUCGGGCCCGCGCAGUCACGAGCGCAAACAAGAAGAAAAGGACGAAGAAGCCGGCAACAACAGCAGCAUCAAGGGGCGGAAACACCCGCACGCCCACCACACGUGGUCGUGUGAGUCUCAUGCAACGACAGCGCGACUUUGGCCAAACCCACGCGCGCCCACGCCGUAACGACCAACCCUCGUUCCUCGGCAAGACACAGUCCCUCAGCAGCACCCAAGACGUCCUGGCAUCGCUUGGUGUCACCAAGUACAAACAGCACGCCCUCAACAAGCAGCUGCGUCGCCCAACCAACACAUCCACCCGUGGUCGCGGCGGUCGUGACCGUGGUGGUGACCGUGGUGGUGACCGUGGUGGUGGGACUGUGACAUCCACCCCAAGCAAGAUGCAGCGGAGUGUUGGCCGUGGUGCGGGCACACGCACGAUGGAUACGGGCGGUGCCAGUGGCGGUGACACCACCCGCGCUGAUGAGUACGGCGACGCGGAGCCGCUUGAGCAGCAGCACUUCAUCGCGACACCAGCAGCGCACGACGUGAUGGCCAGGCGGAGGCGACAGCACGCCAUGCAGACACCACCAUCGCAGGCAACAGGCACCAUGCACCUGCGUGGUACCGGCCCCACCAGCCCGCACCCUCCAGGCACGCACACAACAGACUUGCGGAUGGGCAAGAUGACAGGCCCCCUGUCCAGCCCGGAGAAGUGGCUGAAGGCGACGACGGUGCUUGACUACUUUUUGGCAACAACAGCACAGGUGGACCCGCACGGCGGCGGUGUGAACCUUGUGGAGGAACCUUCCAGUGGGUUGGGUACACUGGAGGGCGAGGGCGGCCUGGAAGGACUCAAAUCCCUGCGCGAUUUUGCCGAGCAACUCAACCUGGGCCAGGCGCCUAGCGUCUACUUUAAGUGGGUGACGUUUCUGGAGGCCAUCAUGUCACGCGACAAGCUGCGUGUGAUGGACAUUCUGAGACGGCUCGACCAGAAUGGCAGCGGAUUUGUGACGCGACAAGAGAUGCAUGAGGGGCUGUGUAAGCUUGGCGGCGACUUUACACCAGAGGAUGUGCAUGUGCUCAUGAACUUUCUUGACGUCGACGGCAAGAACCAGCUCGACUUUGAUGAUCUUGCGCAUCACCUGCGGUACCGUGCAAAGGCGCGACGUAUCGUGGCUGCACACCCCUCCAUCGUCCUCCCGCGCCGUCACGGCCGCACCACCACCGCCACCAACAAUAACAACAACAACAACGACAACAACUACAACAACACCACCACUGCCAGCCACCAUCCUGCCUCGAACGUGACGCAGUGGGACCGGAACGAUGACUUGUCGUUCCGCGGUGCAGAGUACAACUCCAUCCUCUCUGAAAACCGCACGCGGUUUGGUGAUGGCGAUAAUGACGGCGACGUGUAUGCCGACGAUGCUGACGCAAGCUUCAACGGUGUGCGCGACCCUCGCCUCGCCCUCAUGCGUCAGCACCAAAGACAACAACAACAACAGCAGCAGCAGCAGCAGCAGCGGUCACCGUACCGCUCAGCCAACACCUCUGCCCGUGGUGGCGGCAGCGGCAUGCACCACGAUGAUGACGAGGCCAUUGUCGCUGCCGCUCACGCCGAGUUUGAGCAAGCGGCAAACGCAGCUGCAGCGGACACGGCCAACGCAUCGCGCCUGGCGGAGCGGGACGAUGAGCUCGGUCGGCUGGCAUCGUCGUUCCUCUCACGCGAGGGUGAUGACCGGUUCACGGCGUCGCAGGUGCUGCGAGACCUGCAGACAUCAGACGAGAUGAGUGGGAGCGUCAAUGCCACCCGGCUUGAUGAAGACACUGACACUGCUGCUGCUGCUGCUGCUUCGCGCUCGCACGUUCGCUUUGAAGACGAUGGCGAGGCCAUUGGCGGCAUCACUAUCCCUGGUCGUGGCGGCGAUCGCGGCAGCGGCGUGGGCGUACACCGCUCUCGCUCGGGCCUCUCUGGCGUGUCGCCGGGGUCGUCAACAGUGAUGCUGACACGCGAGCAGCGUGAACAGAUCCUGGAUCAGCUGCAGCGCGACUUGGAGGAGCGGCGAGCAAGCAGUGACACCUUUGCUGGUCACAACACAUCGUCAUCACAGCAGCAGCAGCAGCAGCAGCAAGGCAGCGGGCAGGCGACCGCCAACACGAGCGGUGCUGUUGCUGGCGGUGUGGACAGCAUGUUGUUGACACAGGCGCAGCUGCGGCUGACGCUUGCCGAGCAGGAGGCAGCCCACAUCCGCACGAUUGCCGAAGAUGAGCGCCGUCGCAUCAUUGAUGACGCGCGCAGCGAAGCGGACCGGAUCGUGGCACACGCGCGGGAGCACGAGGAGCGAGACCGCGCUGACAGGGCCGAGCGGUCCAUGGUGGAGAGCGAUGCAAGUCGCGCACGCGCCGCCCUCGAGGCAGAGAAGAUGCGCACGCAGGCAGAGGCCGACGCACACGCGGUCAAGCGACAGGCGCAGACAGAGGCGCAGCAGGUGCGGGACCGGGCGCGUGACGAAGCGGCAGCAAUCACGGAGGAGGCGGAGCGAGCAGCCAAGGCGCUGAGGGACAAGGCACGGCGGGACGCAGAGCAGCGGCAGCAGGCGCAGGAGGAGGAGAUGGAGGAGGCACGACGUGCACACCGCGCAAAGCUGGAGCAGGACGCAAGGCAGGCGCAGGAGCGCGCUGAGGAGGCGCUUGCACAGGCCAAGCGCGAAGCAGAACGCGUGCGCACGGCAGCAGAGCACGAUGCGGACUUGGCCAAGCAGCUUGCAGCGACAGCCGCACAGAGGGCGGAGGACGAGGCUGAAGAGGUGCGAUCGCGCGCAACACAGGAGGCACGCCAGGUGGUGCGUGACGCCCGCAGCGAAGCAGACAGCAUCCGCACGCAGGCGGCCGAGGACGGUGCGCGGGAUGCGGAGGCGCGCAGGCGGGCCCUGCAGGAGGAAGUGGAUGCACUGCAGCGGGAGAAGACGCGUUUGCAAGAGGAGAUUGCGCGGCUGAGAGCCGAGGCGGGCGAGGUGGAGGAGGACGUGCGACGGCGGCGACAGGACGCGCUGAGCAGGCUCGACGCCGAGCUUGACGAGCGCCGACAGGCGGCCGACGCGGACUUUGAGCGUAAGCGCAGUGCCCUUUGCGAGCUGGAGGAGGCGACGGAGCAGCGGCUGCAGGAGGCACGCGCGGCUGCGGAGCACGACGCGAGCGAGACGCGCAAGCAAGCGAAGGAGGACGCAGAGCGGACACGGCAGCAGGCGCGCGACCGCGCUGCUGAGGACGAGAAGGCGAUGCGGGAAGAGAUGGAAGCGCGUCGUCACGCCAUGGAGGAGGACCUGCGGAAGCUUCAACAGCGGCUCGAAGACGACAGGCAGGCCGCGCUCGCAGACAUGGAGGAAGCGUUGCAGCAGGAGCGCGCCAAGCACCAGAAGCGGCUGGCGGAGCAGCGGGAGCGUGACGAGGCGGCCAUGCGGGAGGACCUGGCCCGUCUUCGCCAGCGCACCGAGGACGAGAUUGCGCAACUCGAGAGCUCGUCCAAGCGGGCGCUUGCCCAGUCGGAGGCCGGGCGGGUUGCCGUGUCUGUGCAUGAGGAGACGCGGGCAGCGCGCAGGGACAGGGACGCCGCUGUUCGCGCCAAGCAGGUGGCGGACGCGCGCGUUGCUGAGCUUGAGGAUGUGGUGGAGGACCUGAAGCAGGACCACGACCGCCUGGCCGGCGCCCUCCGCCGCACGGAGCAGCAGCUUGAAGAGGAGCAGGGCGCGGUGCAGCAGGCGCAGUUGGCGGCAGAGCAGGCGGAGCGGCGGUACAGGCAGCUGGAGGAGGCAUACGAGCGACUGCAGCUGUCACUGAGCGAGCAAGAGCAACAAGCGCGCAUUGACGCUGAGCGCUACCGACAGGACAGCGCGGAGGUGGAGCGGCUGGAGAUUGAACUGCAACAGGCACGCCGCAACGCAUCCCUGUACGAGGAAGCAGCCAAGGACUUGGAGCUGCAGCUGCAGGAGGCGCGUGCGCUGCUGCAGUCGGACCAGACACGACUGACGGCUGACCAGGAGGUGGAGGCACAGUUGCAGGCUGAGCUUGCCAACCUCACGCGCACCAACACGGCGCUCAAGCAGAAGGCGAUUGGCCUUGAGGAGCGUGUGGAGGGCCUGCAAGCGGAGGUGGCGGACCGCGAGCGCGAAAUCUCGCAGGCGCACGAGGCGACAGCUGCCCGGGAGCGGGACAUGCGCGAGCUCGAGAAGAAGGUGCGCCGGCUUGGGGAAGAGAUUGCACAGGCGCAGCAGGCGCUUGCACGCGCUGAGGGCCAGGCGCAGGUGAAGGAGGAGGCCCACCAGCGCGCGCUUGCGCGCCAGGAGACACUGGAGCACGAGCUGGCGGCGGCGCAGGGGAAGCUGACGGCCGAGAGCGGCAAUUCCGCCCGCAGCGCGCAGCAGGUGAAGCGGUUGAAGAAGGAGCUUGAGGAGAGCCAGGCGCAACGCGAGGCAGAGCGGGCGCAGGCAAGGGAGGAGGCGGCGGCGGCGCAGGAGCGCGUGGCUGAGCUGCGGCAGAAGCUGACGGAGGCCGAGGACAGGUUGCAGGUGGUUGAACGCGCGCGAGACGAUGCACUGGGCACGGUGAGCGAUGACAAGCGCAGCCAGGCAGACCUGAGGCGAGAGAUGCAUGCACUGCAGGCGGAGUGCGUGGAGUGGCGCGAGCGAGCGCAGUCCCUGCAGCGAGAAGUGGACAGGCUGAACAAGCGACUUGGCAGUGCAGCAGGAGGUGAUUUGGGUGGCAGCAUGGCUCGCCUGCGCACCGGCACCGCCACUGCAACUGGGCUUGGUGGUGGUGGUGGUGGUGGUGGUGGUGGUGACGCCCACGCCGGGGACCGCCGACGUGCUGACGAGCUGUCCCGAGAGGUGGAGCGGCUGCGGCGGCGGGAGGAGGACUUGCUGGCAGAGAACAGGCGCAUCGCCCGCGCGGAGAAGGAAGCGCGUGAGCGUGCGCAACUGAGUGAGCAGCAGCAUGUCAAGGGCAACGUGUCGCACAAGGACACUGUUACGCGGCUGCACCGCGCUGAGGAUGACGUGCACACGCUGCGGCAGGAGACAACGCAGCUUCGCCAUCGUCUGGAGACGCGCACCUCUGAGCUGACGGCGGCCCAUCGCACGAUUGACGAGUUGCGGGAGAGCGUCCGCGUGCUGCGUCGAACAGCAGCAACGGCAGGGGCCAGAGUGGGCGGUGGUGGUGGAAACGUCACUGCUGGCAACAGGACGGCGACAGGCGGGCUGGGGAGCAGCAGCUUUGCUGGCGUGGAUGAGUACGAGACGAUUGCGCGGCUCACGGCGCAGCUGCACUCACACGAGGAGCACCUGGUGAAGGCGCGCGAGCAGCACGCGCAGGCGCUGACGAAGCUUGAAGAAUUGGAGCAGGAGCACCUGGCAAAGGAGCGGCGGGUGCAAGAGCUGAAUGACCGCAUGCAGCAGCUUGUGCAGGAGGCAGAGGCAUCGGCAAAGCGCGCACGGGACGAGCAACAGAAGGAACAGCAGCAGCAAGGGCUUGACGGUCAACAGCCGCGGGGGUCACAGGUGGACACGGAAGCGCUGUUGCGGCGGCUGGAGGAGAUGGGGGCGUUGAAGGACACGCUGACACACGAGCUGCAGAUGACGUACACAUCGUACGAGCAGCUGCGGUCGAUUGUUAUGGAGCAGAAGGCGACGAUGGAGGCGCUGCGGCAGCAGCUGCGGCAGAAGGAGGAGGAUGUGAACUACGAACGUGCAAGAGGCGACAACUUGUUGCGUAUGUGGGAUACAACCGACACAACCCACCACCAACAACAGCAACAGCAGUUUGUGGGGGCGUCUUCGUCUUUGCACGGGCGCAGCGCGACUGGCGUGCAGCCUGAGGUGAUUGACGAGUUGCAGCGACAAUUGCGGGCGCUCCAGCGUGACAAACACAUGUUGGAGGAGCAGCUGUCACAGAUGCACGAUGAGGCAUCGACAACGCUUCGCAAGAAGACGGAGGAGCGUACCCUGCGGCGUGAACUCAGCCAGGAACGACGCAUGCGGCAGCGCGCGGAGCAAGUGAACGAUGAGCUUGGUGCUGUGGUGAACGCGCAGACACGCCGUUUCGUCGGUGGUCUCGACAGCGGCAGCGGUCGUACUGAUGUGUCUGCAGUGGACGGUGGUAAUGCUGGCAAUGAUACGAUGCACGAGCCGACUUCAAGGCUUGGCCUUUCUGAUUUGGACGUCGUCGUUGAGCACUGACGAUGUUGUGUGUGUGUGUGUGUGUGUGUGUUUGUGUACGUGUGUGUGUGUGUGUGUGUGUGUGUGUGUGUGUGUGUGUUGUUGUGUGUGUGUGUGUGUGUGUGUACGUGUGUGUGUGUGUGUGUAUACGUGUGUGUGUGUGUGUGUGUGUGCGCGCGCGUGUCUGUCUGUCUGCCUGUGUAUAUGUGUUUGUUUCAUCAACAGGAGCGAUUCAAGUGGUUUCCCUUUCCCGCCAAGCUUGGGCGGUUUUGGUUUUGCGUUUUCUUUGCGCGGCUUGCUUGUGUAAGAGAGGGACAAGAAGACAGCAGUACCCUCUCGCCCAUCAAAAGUCU